UCCAGUUGCUGCCUAGUGCUAUCCCCUGCUUAUCCCCUCCGAAGUACAUCGCCGCCUCCGCAUCCCGUCGAACACAAUGGCGAGCGUGGCGGCGGCGGUCACCCUCCUCCGCAUCCCUCUCGCCCGCCUCUCCACUCACCUCCGAUCCGUCCCGCCUCCUCGCUUCCGCCUCUCCCACUCCCACCGCGCCCUCACCUCCCUCCUCGCGCCCGGCCACGGCCUCGCCGUAGCGGCCGUUUCGGAGGCGGUGGCCACGGGGAUUGAAGAGGAGCUCGAAGCAGCGGAGGUGAAUGAAGAAGAGCUCGAAGCGGAGGAAGAGCAGCAGGAUGCGGCUCCGCCGUCCUUCGUGCUCCCGCGGCUGCCGCGGCCGAAGCUGGACGUGAAGGAGCGGAAGGAGCUGGCCUCGUACGCGCACGGCCUCGGCAAGAAGCUCAAGUCGCAGCAGGUCGGCAAGGGCGGGGUCACGCCCUCCCUCGUCGGCGCCUUCUCCGACAACCUCGAGUCCAACGAGCUCCUCAAGCUAAAGAUUCACGGGAACUGCCCUGGAGAACUACCUGAUGUGAUACUACAACUUGAGGAGUCAACCGGAUCCAUUGCUGUUGACCAAAUAGGACGAUCAGUUAUUCUAUAUAGGCCUAGCUCCAGCAAGAUGAAAAAGAAGGAAGAAGUCGCUAGAAACAGGGAAGAGUUUGCAAGAAAUAGUGCGAGGUUUGGAAAAUCUGAGAAGUCAUUUGGAGAACGCCCUAGACAUAACACAAGCAAGAGAUUCGGAAAGUCCGGGUCAACAUUUAGGACUCAACAGAAGAGAAGAUCAGUAGCAUCUAAGAGCUCGUCAUAUGGACGAGGGUAGCAGCACAAAAAAUAAAAUAAUAGAUUGUUAAUUUUGUUAUUGUCUUGAGAAAUCAUGUAAAUUUUAGACCAACUAAUUGCAUAAUGCAUAUUAGGGUUCAGUUCCUGCCAGUA